AUGCAAGAACCAGUCUACAACCCAGAUUGCCCUUUUGGUACGACCACCGUCGCCUACCAGUAUAAGCUGGUAAACUGCCCCGGAAAGACUAUUGUUGGAAUGCUCGUCGAAUAUCCCCCGAACGCCGCGACACCCCCUCACCGUCAUGGGGGCGCUUCUGUUUCCGCCUACGUAAUCAGUGGCUCUGUUCUGGUCAAGAUGAAUGAUGAUCCAAUGAGGAUCAUCGAGCAGGGCGGCUCGUGGUACGAGGCACCAGGCUGUCACCACCGGAUUAGCGCUAAUGCGAGCCCGACGGAACCGGCGACGUUCUUCGUAACUUUUGUGAUCGACUCGGAGACUUUAGAGCGAGAAGGCCCGUCGGUACUUGUGCAAAUCGAUGCUGAGUAUGUUGAUAUUGUCGCACAAAAAAUGCAGGCAUAG